AUGGUGCUUGAAUCGAAUCAAACUCGCUGGGCAGAGCGAUUGCUAAUGGCGAUGGCGGGAGGCAUGCUGCGGAUGGUGAACGGCGUGCCUGUGAAGGCGCUACCGGCGGACGUCGCGGGAGGGACGGGGAGGGCGGCAGCAGGAGGGAUCAUGGCGGCGCAAGUAGCGCAUUUGGCGGCGAAGCUGGCGCAGCAGGAAGCGGUCACGGCUGCUCUCAAGAGAGAGGUUGACGAAAUGAAACGCGCGAUGGCGAAGGCCGAAGCGGCGAAGGGCGCAGCGGCGGAAGGGGAAUGCGAGACGGAGGGGAUUGAGGAGCAGGUUGAGGUGGUGAGGAGGGAGGCGGCAGACGCGGUGGGCGCGCUGAAGGCGGAGAAUGCGCGGAUGAGGGCUGCGGCGGAGCGGCUUUCGGCGGAAGUGGCGUACGUCCGCGAGACGGCGGCGCACACGGAGGCGCGGAUGAACGAAGUGGAACUGGCGGUGGCGGAGUGGAAGAGCGCGCGGGAGAAGACGCGCGCGGAGAUGCAGUGCGCGGAGCACAGCCUGCCCGGCGGAGGCGCGGGGGAGCAUGCAGGAGUGGAAGCGCCCGAGGGGAAGAAGCGGAAGCGGGAUGAAGCGGGGAAGGCAGAGGAGAUGGCACCUGCUGCUGCUGCGGGCGGUUGCGCACUCAUCGCCAAUCCCGGUGCUUCCGAGGGGAAGCAGGAUGGAGUGGAAACAAGGGCUGCUUUCCCGCUGGAGAAGGCGGUGAAUUGUGAAUUGCUGAAUAGAGUGGUUGCGCUGGAGGAGAGUGGUAUCGACAGAGGGAGGGUAUGGGAGAGCCUAGCUCUCUCUUCUCUCCCUCAUCUCCCUCAUCCCAAUCAUCCCAACCAUCCCUCUCAUCCCUCUUCACUCCUCACCACGCCACCCAUGCUGUGCCCGCAGGUGCUGCUCACGCUCUGGGCCAAGACAGCACCACAGCAGACUCGAAUGGACCUCAGCCGCAUCUCCUGCCUCUCAGACGCGGCUCUCACUCGCCUCGCCUCGUUCCGCCAGCUCACAACCGUCACUCUCGAGGACUCCUCCGGCUUCACUGCCGCAGGAGUGCGGGCGCUCUACUCUCUCCCAGACCUCGUGCAUCUGGACCUCUCAGGCUCGUGCAUCACAGACGCUGCUCUGGAAGGAAUCGACCGCGUGACGACCCUGCGUGCGCUGAUGCUCAACAACAGCAAGAUCACGGACGUUGGGGUAGCUAGGCUGGAAGGGCUGCCGGCUCUUACGAAACUACACCUUGGUGGGUGUGUGUCUGUUACCUCUGCUGGUAUGGUCCAUGUGGGAAAGCUGAUGGCUUUACAGGAGCUUGCGCUGCAUGAUGGGGGAGUGGGGGAGGAUGGGCUGCAGAACCUCACUGCCCUCACCGCACUGAAUCACCUCACUUUGCCUCCUGGAGUGACUGACUCCGGCAUGAAGUACCUGAGGAAUAUGAAGGGCCUGCAGAAGCUGGGGUUGUGGGAUGCGAAGAUCACUGCGCGCGGUGUUGGUUGGCUCAAGGGCCUUCCGUCCCUGCAGAGGAUUGCGACAGAAGUAUAA